CCCCCUCAUCUUUCCUUAGCUGUCCAUCUCAAUGAUGGACGGUCGAUAAACCUCCAUUUGAUGAUCAUGAGACGAAUACCGGAGAGAAAACCGCCAUUUUGUGCAGCAGCUCGCAGAUGAAAGGAGGAGAGGGCGCGAAGAAUGGCAAUGAUGAAAGUGGAAGACGGUGAGGAAGAUAUCUCCGGGAGGGUGGUGGGCCACUAUCUGGUAAUCAAUAGAAUUGGUGCUGGUAACAGCGCAGUGGUUUGGAGGGCAGAGCACGCGAUCAGCGGCAGAAGGGUUGCGCUGAAGAGGGUGGACCUCUCCAUGCUCAACAGGAGGCUCAGGGAGUCUUUGGAUUGUGAGCUCGCGUUCUUGGCCAAGGUUGAUCACCCGAACAUCAUCCGGCUGAUUGAAGUCUUCGAGGCUAGUAAAUAUUUGUUCCUUGUCUUGGAGUUCUGUGCUGGGGGAGACUUGUCUUCUUACAUUCAGCGGAAUGGCAUGGUUUCAGAACAAAUUGCAAGAACAUUUUUACGGCAACUUGCUACUGGUUAUGAGGUCCUACAUGCUCACCACGUUAUUCACCGGGAUUUGAAGCCAGAAAACAUUCUCCUCUCUACACCAAAUUGUGAUGCUGUGCUAAAAAUAUCAGACUUUGGCCUGUCAAGGACUAUAGGUCCAGGUGAUAAUGCAGAGACUGUUUGUGGAUCUCCUCUAUACAUGGCUCCAGAAGUCUUGCAGUUUCAAAAGUAUGAUGAGAAGGUCGAUUUGUGGAGUCUUGGUGUCAUUGCCUUCGAGCUUUUAAAUGGGUAUCCACCCUUUAAAGGGAGAAACAAUGUUCAGCUGCUCCAGGGUAUCACCAACUCUACGAGGCUUCCAUUUUCAGAACUCAUUCUCCCGAAGCUGCAUCCUGAUUGCGUGGAGAUGUGUACAAGGUUACUGUGUAAAAACCCAGACAACCGGUUGUCCUUCGAAGAAUUUUAUCAUCACAAAUUCCUGAACAAAUGAGCGGUGACUACGCAUGCCAGAUUCAAACUUCCCUCUAUGGGGCGAUCAGCAUGACAAAUUUGAUGUAGAUACUCAUGUAACAAUGUCUGCUGCUAUCCUUAGUUCCUGAUCUAAUAGAUGAAGCGUGUUGUAAAUCUCUUCUGCUUGUGGGUAUGAGCCUUCUCCUGCUACAAACUCCUGAACCAAAUUAUUGACCUCAAUCAAGCUGCAACCUGGUGAUC